CGGCCUCCUUCCGAAGUACCGCGUGGAGGAAAACAGACAAAAUACGUUUUCAUCUGGGAUGGCCCCGCGGGUAUCCGCGAGGUGGAGGAGUCAAUGGCACUAGACACACCGCCACCAGAAGCCGCUGGCCUCUCCGUUAACCCCUUCCCCACUGCUCUUCGGCUCCAGGGCGGGGGCAGGAUGGAGGGGCGGGGCUUUGGCGCCGCGCCCCCGUCACGUGACGGGGCCAUCAUGGCGGCGGCCACGGGCCAGCCCGGCUCCCGGAAGCAGGCUGUGAGGGGCGGGCGCGCUGCUGGAACCCGAACGGAGCCGGAGCCAGUGCGGGGAGGGCGGCCCGGCGGCCUGGAGCCGGACGUGUCCGGAGCGUCCCCGCAGACCGGGACAGCAGGUCGUCCGGGGGCCCACCAUGCUGGUGACUGCCUAUUUGUCUUUCGUGGGCCUCCUGGCCUCCUGCCUGGGCCUGGAGCUGUCAAGAUGCCGAGCCAAGCCCCCUGGAAGGGCUUGCAGCAACCCCUCCUUCCUUCAGUUUCAACUAGACUUCUAUCAAGUCUACUUUCUGGCCCUGGCAGCAGAUUGGCUCCAAGCCCCCUACCUGUAUAAACUCUAUCAGCACUACCACUUCCUGGAGGGUCAGAUUGCCAUCCUCUACGUUUGUGGCCUGGCCUCCACAGUGCUCUUUGGCCUGGUGGCCUCCUCCCUUGUGGAUUGGCUGGGUCGUAAGAAGUCUUGUGUCCUUUUCUCCCUCACUUACUCUCUGUGUUGCUUAACCAAGCUUUCUCAAGACUACUUUGUGCUGCUGGUGGGCCGAGCCCUUGGUGGGCUGUCAACUGCUCUGCUCUUCUCAGCCUUUGAGGCCUGGUACAUCCAUGAGCAUGUGGAGCGUCAUGACUUCCCUGCCGAGUGGAUCCCGGCUACCUUUGCCCGAGCUGCCUUCUGGAACCAUGUGCUGGCUGUGGCAGCAGGUGUGGCGGCUGAGGCUGUGGCUAGUUGGAUGGGACUGGGGCCCGUGGCACCCUUUGUGGCUGCUAUCCCUCUUCUGGCUCUGGCAGGGGCCUUGGCCCUUCGUAACUGGGGAGAGAAUUAUGACCGUCAGCGUGCCUUCUCCAAGACCUGUGCUGGAGGCCUGCGCUGCCUGCUGUCCGACCGCCGCGUGUUGCUGCUGGGCACCAUACAAGCCCUGUUUGAGAGUGUCAUUUUCAUCUUUGUCUUCCUCUGGACACCUGUGCUGGACCCACACAGGGCCCCACUGGGCAUUGUGUUCUCCAGCUUCAUGGCUGCCAGUCUGCUGGGCUCUUCCCUGUACCGCAUCGCUACCUCCAAGAGGUACCACCUUCAACCCAUGCACCUACUUUCCCUUGCUGUCCUCAUCGUGGUCUUCUCUCUCUUUAUGUUGACUUUCUCUACCAGCCCUGGCCAAGAAAAUCCUGUGGAAUCCUUCAUUGCUUUUCUACUUAUUGAGUUGGCCUGUGGGCUCUACUUCCCCAGCAUGAGCUUCCUUCGAAGAAAGGUGAUCCCAGAAACAGAGCAGGCUGGUGUUCUCAACUGGUUCCGAGUGCCCCUGCACUUAUUGGCCUGUCUGGGGCUCCUUGUCCUCCAUGACAGUGAUCGGAAAACGGGCACUAGGAAUAUGUUCAGCAUCUGUUCUGCUGUCAUGGUGAUGGCUCUGUUGGCAGUAGUGGGACUCUUCACGGUGGUGAGACACGAUGCUGAGUUGCGGGUGCCCUCGCCCACAGGGGAACCCUAUGCCCCUGAGCUUUGAAGCUUCCAGGACAAGGGGUCGGGGAUGGACUCUUGAAUCCCACCUACCCAGCUGUACGACUCACUUUGUGACUCUGUCCUGCAGCCCCUCUUGCCAGUGCUUUGUAUUGGGAAGGACAUGGGGGUGAUGGACUAGAAAGGUGCCAAAAGUUGACUGUGUUAUUCCUUUCCUCCUUGCCGUAUAAAAAUAAACACUUUUAAUGGAUCA